UUUCGCCGUUCCAAAUCGGGAUGGGCAGCAGAUCCAGGCGGCUCAUCCCCGCGCUCCGCUCCCUCGCGCUGCCCCGGCAGCUGCUCCGCGGGGACAGUGUCCCCUUCGAGCAGUGUUUGCGGAGCCCCCACACCACAGCCCCGGCCGCUGCGGAGCCAUCCCGCUCUCUCCUCCUCCCCCUUCCCAGAAAAAGCGCCUUACCUGCUACAAGGAGCUGCGGCAGCAGCAGCGCGAGCAGCGGCGUGUACAGCAGCAGUAUCUCGUUCUCUGGAUCACUGUAGCAACAAACUGCCUUUUUCCGGCGCUCCCCUUCAUUCACAAAGGAUCGCACGGGCAGCAAAGGCAGACCCUUACAGUAAAUAUGCCACCUUCUUCUUUGUUUCUUGGUGUUUAUUUGCAGCUGCAUAUACUGGGCCGUAUUUUACCUGAUACAAGUGGAACAACUUGUAAGCACAGGUCACAUCUCACAGCAGCGGCUACAGACACUGCAGGCUCACAGCCUGCGGCAGCAGCAGCUCCGGGCUGUACCGCAGCACCGAGGCGGGUUUGUCCCGAAACAAAGUCUCCCCCAGCUCCUGUUCCCUCCUGCGUCUCCUCUCACCCG